AUGGAAUGCAAUAGAGAAGAAGCCGUAAGGGCAAGAAGAAUUGCUUUAAAGAAGUUGGAGAAAAGAGAUUUUUCUGGUGCCCAUAGGGUUCCACUACAGGCUCAAAGGCUUUAUCCAGAGCUUGAGAACUUAUCCCAGUUGUUAACUGUCUGUAAAGUGUACUGUGCGGCUGAGACAAAGAUCAACAGACAGUUGGACUUGUAUGGUAUCCUUCAAGUACAGGUUGCAGCGGAUGACACUAUGAUAAGGAAGCAAUAUGAUGAACUUGCAUUUUGGCUUCAUCCCAACAAAAAUACUCUUCCUGGUGCUGAAGCUGCUUUCAAGUUGGUUUCAGAAGCUCAUAUGAUAUUGUCUGAUCAUGUGAAGCGAUCUCGCUAUGACAUCAAAAGACAGACUGCAGGGUUAUCAGACAUAACUCUUGGAAAAAGAAGUGGGGCUAGAUACGUACAACCAUAUGAUUGUGCAAUUGUUUUCUGGACUGUAUGUCCACACUGCCAGAAGCGAUUUGUCUACUACCAGCGGAACUUUUUGGCCAUCUGUGAUGACUGUGGAAAAAAUUUCUUUGCUUUUAAGUUGAGUGAGCAGGCUGUGCCCUCGAGAUUCCUGUCAGUUGGACCUGAUAAUUCUCAAGUUUCACUAAAAAUGGUUUCAUGUCAACAACACGGUGUCCCUGAUCAACUGAUACAGGACACAGAGCUUUGUUCUACAGGAGGGAGUGUGGCUUCCGAAACAACAGUGGAUUCCACAUGUACUGAGGAACAUAUAACAUGGGCUGGAAUCUCAUGUGUUCAUGGGAAAGGUAGUUCAGAGACAAGAAGCAAUGUAAUUCAGUGUUCAGUGGUAAACCAAUCUCACACUUCAUCACCUUCUGCAGACAAAGGUGCAACUGGAAGUAUGAUGUUAGAGUCUACUGCUUCUGACGUUGUCAACCAGAACUUUGGUAGAGAAGAUGCAUCUACAGUGCCAAAUGCUGCAGGGUCAUGCAAUCUUCAGAUGUUAGGCAAGAGGAAACAUGAUGAUUGUGCUGACAGAGGCCACAGGAGGGACUCUUGUCUCAAUAAGAGGCGAAGUAAGGACAAUUCACUUUCUGAUGCUAAUACCACUGCUGAUAAAAUGUAUAAUGAUGAUGUUGCUGAUGCUAACACUCAAGCUGCCAAACAUGUUUCUGACACCAUGGACAGCCAAGGUGAAGGAAAUAUAACACGUGAAGGUAGUCAGGAAAGGUACAAGGAGGAAGCUACAGAUAUUGCUAAUCAGACGCAUGGCAAUCCUGGGACUGCCUAUGAGUGCACUGGUAGCAUCCGCAGCAGGGACUCUUGUAACAAUGACAGGCAAAGGAAUGACAAUUCACUUGCUGACGCCAAUUUAAUUGAUGAUAAAGUGUGUAGUGAUAAUGCUGGUGGUGGUGAGAAUCAAGCUGCUGAACAUGCUCCCUUCACAUUGAACAGCCAAGAUGAGGGAAAUGCAACACAAGAAGGUAUGUUUACUUCCAUUACUCUGGAUUCUUUCAUCGAUUUCAACAAGAAAAAAGUCACGGAGUUUGUCUGUGUUACAUAUCCUGAUUCUGAAUUCUACAAUUUCAACGAAGACCGCUCGUGUGAGAAGUUUGAGCGUGGGCAAAUUUGGGCUCUCUACAGCAGUACUGAUACUUUUCCCAACCACCAUGGUUGGAUAAACAAAGUUGAGAAGGAACCAUUCAAAGUUCAUUUGACCUGGCUUGAGACUUGCCCUCAGGAGGUAGAUAAGCAUUGGUUGGAGCAUGGCAUCCCUGUGAGCUGUGGUAAAUUUGUGAUCCGGAGUUCAACAAUCGAGCAUUGUGAAACCUGUGCUUUCUCCCAUUUAGUGGUAAGCAGGUUGGAAAUUGGUACAAGGCAGCAGGUCAAUAUUUUUCCAAAGGUAGGUGAGGUCUGGGCCAUCUACAAGAACUGGGCACCUGACUGGGUUCCUUCUAGUAAAGAUCGUCCUGCCAACUAUGCCAUUGGCUAG